GCAGAGAGAUAUCUGAAUCCUCUGGUAUUCAUGAAGUCAUAACGUGCAAGGCGUACGAUAGAGCAAAAGCCUAAUAUGGCAUCCUAAAGAUACUUUCAUGUGCUGACGACCAAUACAAUGACCAGGAAAAUUUGGAAGGCAAGCCCAACCCAAGAGGCUUUGUUUCUUCACCCUCUAAAGUUGGAUAUGCAGACAAAAAUUAAAUCAGAAAACAAUUUCUCCGGAAAUCCCCCGUCUCCUUUACUCGUUGCGUUUCAGCAAAGCUAUUUUAUUCUACACAAGCAACCCAAAAAAAAAAAAAAAAAAAAAAAAGAGGAACAAUCUAGAGCCAAACUUGCUUGUUACUAUUUCAUUAUUGGAAUCCCACUCGUAAUCUUUUCCCACUGACAGAAUUUUAAAGAAGCUUGUGGUUUCAUAACGGUCAUGCAAAACUUGAGUAAAACACACAACCCCUAAAACUGCUUCUUUUUCCAACUAAUUUCAGACACAUGGCACGAAAGCUUAGAAAGUGUACUCCCGGAAUUCUGCUAAAGGCUGGCUUAUCCACAAUACGGUUUCUGAUACUUGUAAGGCAAAACUACAUACCCUUCCCUCCCUUUACCUCUACUCAAGUUGUAUUUCUUCGCGCUACUUAUAAAUAGAAUCCCUCAGGCUAAAUAUGCUGAACAUAAACCAAGAAAGCCUAUCAAAAUAACAGAAAGAAAAGAGAAUUUAGAAAGGUUUUGUGGGUCAUGGAAAUCAAGGUGGAUGCUGAGGAAUACCCAAAUCACAACGAUGAACAAAAGCUCCCCCUCCUGAAAGAUAUACCCACACCAAUUGCAGAUGGGAAAACCCUCGUGCAGAAAGCCAUAAGCCAGACAUUUCAAAGCACAGCCCAUUUAGCCAACCUUUUACCUACAGGAACAGUUCUUGCUUUUCAACUUCUAUCACCUAUAUUCACAAACCAAGGUAAUUGUGACCCUGUCAGCCGGUCCAUGACUGCAGGGCUUGUAGCUCUCUGCGGGAUGUCGUGUCUUCUCCUGAGUUUUACUGAUAGCUUUAGGGACAAGAAUGGAAAUGUUUGUUAUGGGUUUGCCACAUUUAGAGGCCUGUGGGUUAUCGAUGGUUCAGCUAUCCUUCCAACUGAUGAAGCUGCAAAAUACCGUUUGCAAUUUAUAGAUUUCAUGCAUGCCUUCAUGUCAAUACUUGUGUUUGCAGCCGUUGCAUUAUUUGAUCAAAAUGUGGUGAGAUGCUUCUAUCCAACACCAUCAGAGGAGACUCAGGAAGUGCUCACAUCAUUGCCAGUUGGUAUUGGUGUCUUUUGCAGCAUGUUGUUCAUGGUUUUUCCUACAAAGCGCCAUGGAAUAGGCUUCCCACUCUCUGUAAAUUAAUGCUUCUUUUUUCGUGUGGUUGAUGUAUUUGUGACUCCUUGUUUCUGAGAGGAGAAGUCUGUCUAUUCAUGUGUAUCAAAACAUUCCUUCAUUCCAUUCUCAUCAAAAGUGCCAUCACAAGAUGAAUCGUGGCAAUUGCAAACAUCUCUGCAAGAAGAGAAAAAAAGAACAAAAAGAAAAAAAAAAAAGGAAA